AGCUUCUUUCCACCUGCGGUCCUACAAACUUCAACAACUGUGAAUUUAAUAACAAAAGAGGGCAAAAGGGAAACGCAGAAAAUUAUGGGGAAUCAAUUAGGAAUCGAGAUGAACAGCGAUGACGAUGAUGACUUCGAAUCCUCGGACAACGAGCUCGGCUUUAAUGUUAUCAACUUUACAGUGAAUGCGAUGGACAUGGAACUGCGAACUGAUUACUGCAAUAACGACAUGCCAGUAAUAAGAAGCAAACCAGAUCUUGUUAAAUUUCAGAACACCGAUAUGUACAAGGAGAUCAGAGCUUCCAGUGGAAUGGUUAGCACACCUGACAAUCGCUGGAAUCUAGUGCAAGCCCUUCAGAAGCGAGAAAAUGGGAUGGCUUCGCCCCAUAGCUCCUCGUUUUCUAAGAACCAACAGCGCUACAUUUCAAAUCUAUACAUACCAAACAAGAAGUCCACGCGCCUAAUGUCGCUGGACUCUAAAAUCUUUGUGACCAAAUUCAAUCGCACGGGCAGCAAACUGCUGACCGCCUGUCAAGAUGGCUUUGUGCGCAUCUACGACGGCGCUAAGGGCACUUACCAUCUACUCAACCGCAUACGUGCCCGUGAUGUUGAGUGGAGUAUCAUCGAUGCGGAUUUCAGCCCAAAUGGCCAACACUUUGCCUACAGCACCUGGUCCCGUACAUUUUUCAUCAUGCCCGUGAAUGGAAACGAAGGCGACUGCCAAUGGAUCGAUGUGAAUGGACUGCCAAACCAUAGGUUAGCCAUCUUCUCGCUACGCUACUCUCCCACUGGCGACAAGAUUAUAGGUGGCAGCAAUAAUGCUACGGUCAUAGUGACCGACAUCCGCACAAGGACCACACAGAUCCUUCGCACCCACCGCAUGCCGGGAAACGAUGUGAAUUCUGUGUGCUUCCUGCACGACAAGGAUCCAAAUGUGAUAGUCGCCGGGUGCGACGACGGUCUUCUCAAGGUAUACGACCUUCGUACUUCGUUCCGCUCACGCGAACUGUCCAAGUCGGUCGCGUCUUUUAUUGGCCACUAUGACGGCGUUACUUACAUCGACUCGCGCAACGAUGGUUAUCAUGUGUUGUCCAACUCCAAAGACCAAAGCAUCAAGAUCUGGGACAUGAGGCAGCCCAGCAAUCUUCGUAAUCGCAGCCGAGCCAGGCAACGUCAACAAGACCUCUCAAUGUGGGACUACCGAUGGAACCGUGUGCCACGUGAAUUUUACAAUCCACAUAAGGCGCUGGAUGGGGAUACCAGUAUAAUGACGUAUCGCGGUCAUCGAGUUACCAAAACCCUGCUGAGGGCCAAGUUUUCACCAAUGGAGCAGACAGGACAGCGCUACAUAUACACGGGCUGUGCCACAGGACGCAUAAUAAUUUAUGAUGUACUUACUGGUAAGAUUAAAGAGGCUAUUGAAGGACAUAGGAAUGUGAUAAGAGACCUGGACUGGCAUCCAGAGCGCUCAGAAAUUGUGUCUGGUUCGUGGGAUACACAUGUUCAUUUGAAUAACUUUAGUCGUAGCAACGCCAAUCGACCCGCAAAGCGAGCCCACAGCUCGGAUCAGGACAAGAGGCCGCUGCGCCGAUCUCGCCGCUUGGCGAAUCGUAACGUGACACCAGACUAGUUUUAAUGUUAUCCUGUUAGUCGGUAAGACCCCCACAUUGAUAUUACAUUUCGUUACAUUCAUUCAUAAAAACAUGCGUAGACGACGGGAGGGAAUAUUCACCACAGUCGGACCGCAUAUGGGUUCUAUGAAUAAGACUGAAGAAUAUGUCACAGCUUGAAAUGUAUAGUUCAGUUUAAUUAAUUAUGUUGUUAUACAUUAAAAUGUAAACCAUGAAGCUUACAAACUACCUACUUAAGUUGUUUAUGUACAAAACGAACAAAAAUAAGAAUCACGUUGAA